AUCAGAUGCUUCUAAUGCAACAUUAGAUUCAUCGGCUGAUCCAAUUUUUGUUGUGUAUUCCUUUUCUUUUACUCCUAGUUCCAUUGAUAAUUCAGUUCCUUGUCCAACACAUUUAAAGUAGAGAAGUUCCACAGUCUUAUCAUUUGGAGGCGGCAUAAUCCACUAGAAAUAAACGAAGAAGAACUUCUUGAUGCUAUGGAAACUGCGCAAAAGUGGUUUCACCGAGCGCAUCAGUACGACGAGCAAUACACAAUCCCCCACAUUUACUUGGACAUUCUGCCGAGAGCAAGUGCUAGUCAAGUCCAUCCUCACUUCCACGUGGCUUUGGCGCGUGACCAUUACUACGCUAGGUGGGCCCAUUUCCAAGUGUCCGCCAUGAAAUAUUCUGCGAAUCAUGAUGGAGAAAACUAUUUCUCAGCUUUGAAUAGAAUCCACAGUGCGUUAGGUCUUUCUGUUCAGCACGGCAAUGCCAGUGUUAUAGCAUCCGUGACUCCUGCCGCGCCCUAUGAAAUUUACCUGUUCAGUAAGACACCUUGUAAAGAUCUCUUCCAGCUUCUCUACUACUCUAUCGCCGCUCUAAGGGAUGACAUGGAACUGUACGCCAUGAGUGCAGGAAUGGUAUUCCCAAAAUUGGGGCCGUUAACUGACCAAAGUGAUUUACCCGCAAUCAUAAGACUCGUGUAUCGCGGACCUGCGGAAGCGAGACGAGCGGAUAUCGAUUCCCUCAUGUUAUUCGGGACUGUAAACGUUAAUGUCGAUCCUUACACGGUGAUUAAAAGCAUCAAACAAUCUAUAGCCAAGCGAAGGCCAAAACCUGGGUAGAAAAGUGUCGCAGUGGCCAUCAUUUGGGACCCUGCCGUUUCGAAAUUUUGCGAAAAGUAUUCAAAGGGAGCAAUGAAUUAUGGGUACUAAACCUCAGUUUCCAUGAUGCAAGUCAUGGAUAUUUGCUUCUUGUGUCACAAGAAGUUCUGGUCGGGUCAACACGGGGAAGGGAGGGGGUGGUCUUGUUGCUAUGGCUAAUUUGAAGGAGGGGUGUGUGGAGGGGGCUCACACAUGGGUGUCGAUGGGUGGAAUCAAAAAGCGAUGCUAAACAAGCUUUUUAUGAAGUUGCUUUACUUUCACGAGAAACAACCUCGCAGCAGAGCAAAAUGGGAUCGUAGUUCGAUUUAAUGUGAUUCAGACUUGUCAUCAACUGAUAAAUAUUUUAGUAUUUAAUUUUAUUUCUAAUAUGUUUCUUCAUCAUAAGGUAGAGAGCUUAUUAUUUGAAGAACGUUAUUUCUGUGCUGUAAUUGACAGGAAUGGAUUUUAAAUGUGUUUCAGCAUUGCAUACAAGUUAACAUAUUUAUGAACUCUAAUUGUCAAUAACUUUUUGUAAAGGUUGACUUUGUAUUGCUAUGACAACAUUGCAGACUUAUUUAUUAUCACAGAUAUAAAUUGUAG